AUGUUUAAGCCUACGAGAGAGGCCAAUUUGAGGAGUAAGUUCCUUCUGAGUUAUGGUCACAAUACAAAAUUCUAUACCAUACUCAAACAGUAUAAGGAAGAUUGGGGCAAUACCUUGUUCAUACUUGAUGAAGAGCUAGCCAAACAUUAUUGGCUUUUUUCAAAACACCACUUGUUUAUCGGUGAAAAAGAAUUACUGGUACGGCUACACGAGUUAGAAGUUACCCUUGUGGAUGAAAAUUAUAUCAAUUUCAGAUUCAAUACUUGUCUAAACUUGGAGACAGUUGUAGGUAAAGAAAAGACUUUACUACAUCUACAACAAAACUCGCCCGUUGGUUUGCAAAAAUCAACAAACCGAAAUGCUUCGGUAAUAGCGGUAGGCGGUCACAUAACUUCAAUGCAAUGGCUUCCAAAAGAUUACAGCAAAAAUAACAAUGAUAAUUCUUCUUAUCUCGCUAUUGCAGUUAUCAAUAAAGAUGGCGGGCUAGCUGCGUUACAGCCAACUUCAAAGGAAUUGAGCGUUUUCUCAAAUCUUCAUGCCCAGAAACUUGAAUCGGCAAUACAAAUUUGGAAGUAUAAUGCAUCCUUGGAUGAAAUCACCCUAGAGAAAAUACUUGUUACCCUGAAUUUUGGCGCCGUCACUGAUAUCCAAUGGGCACCGCUUUACACUGAUGGCAACGUGAUUGGGGUCUUGGCUGGCGUGUUUAAGGAUGGAACCGUUCGCAUUCUCAAAAUAUCCCAUACUCUCCCUAAAUUUUCACGAAUAAAUACACCUUCGUUAUCCUUUUAUUCAAACGACCCACUACUACCAGCUAAUAACAAUUACGUCUCCAGAAUUACUUGUUUUGCAUUCCAUGGUUCAAAUAAGUUGUUAGCGGGCACAGCUGAUGGAUUUAUUUUGGAGUUUGAGCUCCCUUUCUUGACUCAACAUGAUAAUAAUGGUAAUAAUAAUAAUAAUAAUGAUGAUGAUGAUGAUAUUAGUAAUAGUUCUCCCAAUUAUAAAACGUUUGUUUCUCCUGGCCCCAUAUCUAGUAUCGUUUCGAUUAGAACGUCCGCCGCUGCAACAUCAACAACACCUGCUGCCGCUAAUACUACCACCGACAGAAACUCCAUGAUCUUGAUAAACGGACAAGCAUCACGAGGCGUUGCAUUCCUUGAUGCCAACCCAAUACAAGAUAUAUAUGCACCAUUACAUGAAAAAUCAAACAUUAAACCAACCUACAACUAUUUACUUCAGGACGUUUUGGUGACAACGCAAAACCUUGAAAGUGCCAAAACCUUGAGCCUUCGGUCUCUUCAAGAUACUGCUUCUGAAACAUUAAGACUCAGCGCAUAUAUUACAGCUUGCAAACUAUCAGAAGUUCUAGGACACCCAUUCAUGCUAACCGGUACCAAUGCUGGUGACAUUGUUAUAAUGAAUUACUCUAGAAAGUUUCUUUCAAGUAGAGGGAAAGGAAAGGCGCUGCUGCCUUUGAAAAUCUGGAAAUUUCAAGCAGAUAAUACAAAUGACGAUACUCUUACUUUAAUAGGUGACUACGAAAAAUUAGAAGUUGAAAGUCCAGUGCCAGCAUCAUACAUGCCCAAAGAAGUCAUGAUUAGCAGCGUAGCUUGGAACGAAAAUGUUAUUGGUGCUUCAGUCUAUGCAGCAGGCACUGCAUCUGGAGUACUAUUGAUUGAACGAUUAGACCCAAGCAAACAAUCGAGAAAAAUAUGA